AUGGAAACUACUGAUAAAAAUUUAUGUCGAGCGCAAUCAUUAAGAUAUUCGCUGAAAGGAAAUUAUAAAAAUAAGAAAACAAUUAGAUCAAAAAGUAAGGUUAUCGCGGAAAACGAAUCUCGAUUAACAUUCGGCCAACAAAACGCUUUAUUAACAACCUGGAAAGUAAUAAAAAUUCAAACAUCGAUAAUGCGAAAAAUUUUGAACGAUUUGGAAAAUGAAUAUUCGAAUGUUAAACAGAUUUUUCAAAAAGCUGCUGUGAUUGAUGCAUUUAAUCGAGAAGUAGAAAGCAAUAAACUUGGAACAUUAGAUGACCAUGUGAAACUAAUGAUUAGUUUCUUCGAUGAAAUUUUGCAAAAUAUGAGUGAUGAAAUUGAUAUGGCAAAUCGUAUGAAAAAAAUUGGACAAUAUCAUGCUAAACUUAAAUAUUCAUGUGCAUUUAAUUCCGAAAUAUGGGAGAAAUUUGGUGAAAUUACAAUGGAAACGAUUUGUUCACUCGAUGUUGUUCAAGUGGGUACUUUAUUAUAA